AUGUCAGUCGAAGCAAAAACAUUCACUAACAAAUCUAAUGGCGAAACAUUCACAAAAGGCACUUAUAACGGUAUUGAAGUCUUACGUAGAGACAAGGAUGGUUAUAUAAAUGCAACAAAGAUGGCAAGAGAAGCAGGAAAGUUAAACCAUUUAAACAGAUUUCUCAAUAGUGCUAAAAUGCAGGAAAUUCUUGAGUUUUGGUUGAAAGAAUAUGGUCGAGCCAAAAGUGGCUCAACCUCAAAACAAGCAUUUUAUGAGCUUACUAAGGGUGUUAUAAAUGAAUUCAAAGGUAUUUACAUACAUCCUGACUUCGUUCAUUUUGUUGCUGAAUGGUGCUCUGUAAAGUAUGCAUUUUAUGUCAAAGAUAUUAUGGACUCCAUAGACAAGAAAGUUCAUGAGAAGUUAGAUGAAGAAGAACUCGAAGAUACAGUAGAGAAUGCUAAACCUUUGUUCGAACAAGAAGUUGGAAAAAUGUGCGAAAAACAAUUAGAACAUGAACGUGAGA